ACCCGGAUGCUCGAUUUGUAAACCAUUGACUUGUGGAUACUGUAGCUCUAGACGACUGAGAAUGACGCUCUACCAUUUCGGGAACUGUCUUGCACUUGCUUGCGGGCCGUAUAUUAUUACAUACAAGUACUCUAUGUUAUCGGAAUACAGUGCAUUUUGGAAGUGUGUAAAAGUCGGUGGAGCGUACAUUGUUACACAGUUUUGCAAGAUGUUGCUGCUUGCAACUUUCUUUCCGGUUGACUCAUCUGGGGAAAGAUUUGAUCCAUCAACGGAGCUGAUGAAGGCAACGAUGGACAUUGGAGAUGUGAUUGGCAUUUAUUUUGUAUUGAGUAAAAUAUCAGGGAAAGGAGAAAUGAAGAUUUUAGUUACGGGAUUAGGCUGGUCUGCUGCUGAACUGGCAACUACAAGGUUAAUCCCGCUGUGGGUGGGAGCAAGAGGAACAGAAUUUAACUGGAAUUACAUGUUGAUGAGUUUUGAUGCCAACAUCUGUCUUGUGCACUAUUUGACUGUAGCAGCUCUUCUUUGGGUUCUGACUCGACCCGACUUGAACAAGGCCUUUAGACCGGCAGUAGUUGGUCUGUUACUAAUAACUUGUUAUAAACCAGUUAUUUUAAGGCUAUUGUCUUUAUCUGUUCUGCUUACAUCGUUGAUGAGCCUCUUUGUACAGACAGUAGUGGUGUGUGGGUUAGGGGCUGCUGCUUUGUGUUUACUUAGAAUGGUGUCUUAUGGUCAGUAAUGGCUAGUACAAUUAUUUCAAAUAAAACAGUAAGAACUGAAGAA